AUGGUGGAUGUUCCACUAUCUAAGGAGCUUCCUCAUUGUAUUUCUUUUAGAGAUGAGAAUGGCUUGAUGGUGAAAGUAGCAUUGUACUAUGAAUGGAGGCCUACAUUGUGUUCCAAAUGCAAGAUGACAGGGCAUUUACAUGAAGAGUGUAGACAGGGCAAAUCUAAAAGAGUAUGGGUGCAGAAGGCCAAGCAGGUGCAGCCAGAUGCUACAUUGCAUACUGUUACAAGUCUAGUGGUGGAUCCAGAAGGGUUUCAAAGAUCUCUAAGACCUAUUAGAGUCAGAACAUCUCCAAGGAUGUUACACCUGGAAGGGGGGACCCUUCCCACUCUCAUGGAUAGAAUAGCUGCAUGGAAUGUCAGAGGCCUUAACUCACUUCAGAAGCAGAAUGAAGUUAAGCAUUUCAUUCAGAAAUAUGAGGUGGGGUUGGUGGGGCUUCUGGAGGAUAAGGUGAAGCUGCCUAAUUUGGGUAAGCUUUAUCAGAAAGUGUUUGCAAAAUGGUGUUUCACUAGUAAUGCUAGAUAUCACCCUGGUGGUAGAAUAGUUGUUGCCUGGAAGGCUGGUAGUUUCAAUGUCAAUAUAGUUGCUGCAUCUAGUGAAUUUUUACAUUGUCAUAUUACUCUUGUUAGUGGUAUGCCUGCUUUUUUCUGCACCUUCAUUUAUGCUCAUAAUGAAGCUGGUUUGAGACAGGAUCUCUGGAGAGAUUUAAAUUUGAUUCAUACUACCGCCCCUUGGAUUUUAUGUGGGGAUUUUAAUUGUGUCAUGGCUCUUGAGGAAAGGAUAGGUGCUCCUGUUAAGCAGUGUGAUAUUGUGGAUAUGUGUGGGUGUAUGCAUAGUCGUGGUAUGGAGGACUUGAAGAGUGUAGGUAAUAUGUUUACUUGGAAUAACAAACAACAAGGUAAUAAGAGAGUCUUUUCAAAGAUUGAAAGAAUCUUAGCAAAUCAAGCAUGGCAAGAUGCUUAUCCUGAUGCAAAAGUCUGUUUCUUACCUGAGGGCCAGUUUGAUCAUUCUCCAGGUUUGCUUACUAUGUAUCCUAGAGUAAAUGGAGGGAAGAAGCCUUUUAAAUAUUUUACUAUGUGGAAAUCAUCUCCAGUGUUUUCUGAUACUGUUAAGACAGCUUGGAGCACUCAGAUUGGGGGGAGUAAAAUGUUUACAGUUGAUUAUAAAGAUAAGCAUAAGAUAUAUUUAGAGUUUUUGAGUCAAAAAGAUAAAGUAGCAUGGCUGAAAGAUGGGGAUGAAAACACUGCUUUGUUUCAUCAGAGUAUCAGAAGCAGAAAUUUGAAAAAUCAAAUUUACAGUAUUCAUGAUAUGGGUGGUGUAUGGAAGGAUAAUCCUACUGAGGUUGCUGAUGCCUUUCUAGAAUAUUACAAGUAUCUUUUGGAGAGUAAACAUGAGUCUAGAACUCCAGUUUUGAAAAAGGUGGUGCAGUUAGGUCCUGUGUGCCAAGCUCACCACAAAGCAAUUCUGAAUGCAAAUAACACUGCAGAUGAAGUUAGGGCUGCUCUUUUCUCUAUUCCAGGAGCCAAGGCACCUGGUCUAGAUGGCUUUGGUUCUCAUUUUUACAAAGACUCUUGGCACAUUGUUGGAGAUGAAGUUGUUGCUGCUGUUCUUGAUAUGCUGCAACAUGGUAAAAUUUUAAAGGAGCUUAACCAUACAGUAAUUACCUUGAUCCCAAAAACCAAAUACCCCAAAGAUGUGACUGAAUUUAGACCUAUAUCUGGUUGUAACACACUGUACAAGUGUAUUACUAAGGUCCUGUGUGGAAGGCUUAGACAGGUGUUGCCAGACCUUAUUCUUGAAAACCAAGGGGGUUUUGUUCAUGGUAGGUUCAUUGUCCAUAAUAUAAUGGUUGUUCAGGAUCUGGUGAGACAGUAUGGAAGGAAGGGAGUGAAACCUAGUUGUCUCAUGAAAAUUGAUUUAUAA